AUGGAUCGACUGAAAACCAGGUUCGAAGAAACAAGGAAUGUAGCGUUCAAGAAUCCUCUGGAAGCCUCAGCUUCGAGCCUUAGCAGGUCUGAAUGGAGGAAACCGCCAUCACAAUGCAUUAGAAUAAAUACAGUCGCGGCAGUCAAGGGUGGUACGAGCAUGGUUGGCAUUGUAGCAAGAGAUCAGCAGAUGGAAAUUCAAAAGAUCAAAGCAGUAAAGUGCUGCUCAAACAUUCCGGAAGUGGCUGAAGCUUUUGGUAUUUUGCAGGGAAUGAAAUUAGCAAAAGAAGAAGGGUGGAACAAAAUAUGGUGUGAAUCUGAUGCCAGAAACAUAGUCACAAGCAUCAACAACCCGGAUGCCCAAAUUAGUCAUUGGGCAGCAGCUGGAAUCAUAUCUGAUAUUGUACAGCUAAAAAGUGAGUUCCAGGAAGCUCACUUAAUGUGGAUUCCCAGAGAAAAAAAUUUUCUAGCUCAUUUUGUUAGUAACUGGGCCGUUAAAAAUGGCAUGUGUGGUGUUCUGUCACUCUCCCCAGUUCCUUUUCCUUUUUUGUAA